CAAUGAAUUUCCCAGCUGAUUGCAUCGUCCUCAUGUCUCAUUCGUAAACAACUGAGGUACUCGGGGAUUUUGCUUUCCGUACAUUUUUUAUCGGAGAUUUUGUUUUGCUUGCCUAUUUGUUUUCUUUGGAACGUCUUUAAUUUUAGUAGUUUUGGACAUACGGGACCAUCGUCCAAACAAACAUCCACAAUCUUCUGUCCAGGAGGGCAUUCUUCUCAAAUUAUCCACAAAAAAACGCGCAACAUUCAAAAUUAAUAAAAAUCGGUGGCAAUUGAGUGCCCAAACCAGAGGCUACCAAACAACUAACAGGCUUACGACUGGGAUCCCCGAAACAUGUUAGUGCAAGAAGAAUCCAUCUCAUCAAGUCCCUCCACCUCGAAUAAAUCUAUACGCAACGUUCGAACGAUAAGGAAGAAUAAAAGAAAUUCCAAAACUGUAGAAACAGUCGCAAGCAACAAAAACAAUGAAGAUACUCUGCGAUUUUUGUAUUAUGAGUCGGACGAGGAGGAAGAUUUGAAUAAAACCUUUGUGGUCACAUCGUCUCGAGUACCAGAUUAUGAGCCUUUUGAAAUGGAAACAAUGUUGAUGCUAGCUGAUCGAGAAUCUUCUAAGAACAUACCCAGAAACACCGAUGUACCACAACAGCACGAAGAGUUUCAAACAUGUCAGAGGCUUGUGGAAACUGAGUUAAAUGAUGAGGACAUGGCAGGCAGGGACAAUGAUAAAUCAUUUUUCAUUACCGAAUCAGAAUUAUUAAACUGCUGCAUUGAGGCAGAUCAACUGGAAAUAUCUACCCCCACAAAGAGUUUACGUUUGGUUAACUCUAUACUUGAAGACUUUGCCAUGUCGCCUUUUACCAAAAAGUCAUUGGAGACCAGUGCGCGGAAUUUGGAGUAUAGUCCACAGUUUAUACUUAGGCAAAUGCCUGAAAAAACAUAUUGCCGUAGGAAAAGGCAAAAGAAAGAUUUGAACAGACGCCUAGAGUUUUCAGAAUCACCCAAGCCUGCAGACGACAAAGAAGACGAUCGUUUAAGUAAUGGUAGUUCUGUUAUAUCAAUGCAAGAAAUAAGUCAAAGGGAGGAUGAAGAUUUGUUGGAUACCACAACUGCUCCUGACUUAUCUAAUAGAUUGAGUGAAAAUCUUCUAGAUCUGACCACAUUUUUUACACAAGAUAAUCCACAAGUGGAACCAGAUCUUUCAACAAAUGUUAACAGGGUGUCUUAUCUAUUAGAAGAUAUUGAAUGUAUGAAACAAUUUUCGAAUAGGAGGCAUCAUUUGCAUUCCUAUAAUUCCGAUGAAGAUUUUAUGGGCUUUGCGAGGGUAACGGAUGAUGAAAAUGAAACAUCAUUACCCAAUGAUGUCCACGAAGACGACCAAAUGAAUGAAACGCUUAUAAGUCCACAAAAACUACAAAUAUCGCACCAGCAUGACCAGGAAAUGAAUGUAUAUUUUGAAGAUGACCAUGAAAUUGGAUCAAGGAAACAAACAACAUCAAGAAAUAAUUAUCAAGAAAAUUGGUAUGAUGAUUCUUCCGAUCUUUUGGCAAUGAUUAAAACUCAGGAAGUUUUAUAUCAGCAGAAUAAACAUCAAAUAUUUGAAGUUGCCACCCAUGCUUUAUCUAGAGAAAGUAGUAAUUCCAAUAAACAAUUUAAUAAAGUGAACAUGGGUUUCCAAACAGCUUCUGCCAAACCCAUACAUAUUUCAAAGGAAGCUGAAAUAAAAGCAUUAGAAAUUUUCAAAAAUUUACCAGAACUUGAAGCAGUAAAUGAAAAAAGAAGUAACACAUCACCAAAGAAAAGGCUAAAUGAUAUUAAAUGUGGAUUCCAAACGGCUUCCGCUAAACCCAUACAUAUCUCAAAAGAGGCUGAAAUGAAAGCAUUUGAAAUGUGCAAAAAUUUGCCAGAAUUAGGCUCCAUUGAAGGUGUGUCAUCUCAACAAAAUGUUGCAAACAAACGAAACUGUGAUAGAAACCCAAGGAUUUCAGAAAAUUAUACAUCAGCAGAGCCUCUGAAAACGAGAAAUAUGUGUACAGAAAACGACCAACCUUCAACGUCUAAAGCAGCUGCUAAAAUGGCUUUGUUGCCGUCGAAUAUUAAAGAAAAUAAUGAAAUUAACGUCGAGCAAGAUAAACAAAUUGAAGAUUAUUGGGAGAAUGAGGCCGAUUUGGCCGAUGUGAUAUUUAGUGAAUGGCCUUUGGAGGAAUUGUUGGAAGGAAAAUCAUCCGCGACUAAAAAUACCAAAGAAAAAUGUCACCCAUUGAAAGAUCAAAACAAUGCAGGGUGUUUUCAAACUGCAAGAGGCAAGAAAAUCUCAGUAUCAACUAAAGCUCAGGGUGCUGUUGCUCAACUUCUUAAGGAAUUUUCAAAUGAAACAGAUCAAAGUUCUCCCGAACAAGAUCUACUCAACUUGAAAAAUAAAAUAUUAAGCAAAAACCACAAAUUAACGACUAGCAACCAACAAGAAAGUAAUAUUAAACCAAAUACUAAUUUGCAAGGCUUUCAAACGGCUGGUGGCAAAGGCAUUAAAAUCUCCAAGAAAGCUGAAAGUUCUGUGGCAAAUCUCUUGCAGGAAUUUCAAGCAGAUUUUAACUCUAAUAAUUUAGAACAAAAUCUGGUUGAAAUGAAAAGUAAACGAAAAGAUUUAAUUAAGACGAAUACCAAGGAAAACAACUCAUCUGCAGAAAUAAAUGAAGGUUUUCAAACUGCCGGUGGUAAGAAAUUAAUAAUAUCUGAAAAAGCUAAAAAUUCUGUUGCCAAUCUUUUAUUGGAAUUUCAGUGUAAAAAUGAUAUAAAUUCUUGCGAACAAGAUCUUGCAGAAUUGAAAGAGAAAAUUCACCAUAAAAAGAAUCAACUUAAGACCAAAGAUAACAUAUCUACAAAUGAAGACACCAAUUUACAUGGAGAUAAAGAAAAAUGUAAAGCCGAACUUACUACCACAGAAAUAGCUAAAGAGAAGAAUUCAAAUUUUAAUGUUUCAAAACCAAACGUAUUAAAUGGAUUUCAAACAGCUGGUGGUAAAAACCUGCAGAUUUCAUCCAAAGCAAGAAAGGCUGUGGAAAAUAUUCUAAAAGAAUUUCAGAAUGAUGCCAAUACUGAUUAUGAAGCAAACCUGAAGGAAGCUAAAUUAAAAAUGCAAACUAAAAAUAAUCAAUUGAAGUCUAUAAAAGAAAGGCAUAUAGAAGAUUUACCUAAUAUUAAUGACACAUUACCAAAACCAUCGACCCAUAAUGUAAAUACCCCCGGAACGCUAUCCAAACAACCUGCCAUGCAACAUAUUUUGGAAUCACCUUUAAAUGCUUUACCCACAAAAUCUGUGAUAUCUGACAACAAUGAUAACUCGUUUCGAGAAAAUAAUUCUGCCGAAAUAAUAAUUCCAUCUACCUCUAAACGACGACUAGACAAUGUUAACACUCCCCUGCCACCCUCAAAAAGGAUUCAACAAUCUUUUUCAGAACUUUCAGUGCAAUCACCGCUUAAUACCUCAGCCACCAAAUCAAUAAUUUCAAGGAAAAAUUUAUUGUCACUUAGAAAGAAACCAAAGCAAAGAAAACAUUCGUAUGGCAUUAGCAAAAACUCAAAUAAUUUCAAUGAAGACUUGGAGGGGGGAAGAGAUAUUCCAACUAACUUAAUAGAAGGACAGCAAGUCAAAACUCCUCUUAAAGCUAAAUCAAUGUGCCACCUAAACUCUCCAUGGACACCAAAUGUAAAUGAUUUCUUUAAAAAUGCACCAAAUUGUAGUACACCGCGCACCAAAGAAGAUUCUGAUUCGGAAGUACAGCAAGAUUUUAAAUCCAUUGCCUGGGAAGAAAAAAGUGCAUCCUUCUCCAAAACCACAAAACUUAUUGAGGAAUGUGGCAGCAAUAUUACAUUAAAUUCUCCCAAUCCAAGUGCCAAUGAUCGCAUUGGCCGUUUGAAAAUGUAUGGCGAGGCUCCCCCAAUAACGCCCAUUUCAAUUGACAUCCCCAACAAUUGUCGUCCUUCCGGUUUGAGGCGUACCCGCCGGAAAAUUACCAAAACCAAUUCUGUAAAUAAAUGACAAUAUAUUUAUUAGUUUUGUGUAAGUAUGUUACUACUAUCUUUUAAUACCCUUGCCUGUAUAUAUAGAAUUAUAAUUUAUUUUUAAGUGAACCAACAACCCAUGGUAUAUUAUAUUGAGAGUGUGUAUGAAUGUAUUGAAAAUACACAAACCUAUUUGAAAGCCAAUGAA